AUGAACAAAGAACGAAUUUCAGAAGGCCAGGAUGUUUCUAAAUGGAAAGUUAUUUAUCCUUUAUAUUUGAAUAGUAAUAACACAAAGUCCGGUGGUAGGCUAACCUCUUUAAUUCACUCCGUAGAAAAUCCAACAGUUGCAGAAAUGGCUGAAGUAUGUAUUCAAUUGGGAAUACCUUGUAAGCUUGAAAGCAAGAGACACCCUAGAGACUACAGAAAUCUUGGAAGAAUUAGAUUUCGGCUUUUUGAUGAUGGUGGGAAGGCCUUUAAUGACGGAAUUUUUACGAAAAAAAUGCUGCUUGAUCAAAUCGGGAGAAUGAUACCCAAAUUAAAAAAUAGACAAAUUGUCGCAUUCUCUAUUAGAGAUAAUAUUGAUCCAAAACAUAACAAAGCAAAUAACGAUGAAACUCAAACUGAAAAUAAUGGAAAAAUGAGAGAAGCAACACACUCUGUAGCUUCUAGCAGUGCAAGCAUAAAUUCAAACAAUGGAAAGAGUAAUUUAAAAAAAAAAAAUAAGAAGUUUUAG